AUGUCCUCUCAACUCCAAGCCAGCGUCACGCCGUCGCAGACCCCGACUUUGACGUCCACUUUCGACACCGAGGAGCUGAGGAGCACCAACAGCUCGGUACAUUCAGACAGCCCCACCCCAUACAACGAGCUCAUGGCAGGAGAUGUAUCUCCUCAAGUUUCACGUCUCUGUCGAUGGUGCGGUAUACUCCCGCCUCUCGAAGGUCUGAACAUCCUCGGACUCCAGGACAUGUUACCCUACCACCCACCCCAUGCUCCGACAAAGUUCGCUGUAGAGCCCAUCAACUCAUCCCAACACAGCGAAUCCCACAUCAAUAUCUUCGCUGGUGACCCUCCAUUCAGAUAUGAACGGAUGGAGACUCAAAGAGAUUUGUUGUUGACGGAGAAUGACACUGCGUUGAGAGACGAGGAGAGGAUUGUCGGGCGCGAGCGGAUGAGAAGACGGGGGGUAGGAGUGGGAGGGGACCGUCCUUUGCGUAGGGACGAGGACGUCUAG